GGGGGAGUUGCUCACUACGCAAAAUCUCCAUGGCCACUAAGAGAAGGCAGCAGGCGGGUGCCAAAGGGCGAGGCAACGCACAUCGCCCCCGAUUAACAAUCAAUUGGGGCUUAUUUCAGCAUCUUUUGCUUCAAAACUCCGGGUCGUCGCUUCCUACUUUCUUUAAUACUGCAUCUUCACGAUUUCACUGCUCCCACCGACCUGCCGCCAAUCCCGCCGCAAUCUAUACACCCUCGCCAUACUACGCUGUACGCGGCGGCUAAUAAACACCAAAACAACAAGUCACACGGUUACCUCACUGCACCAACUUCCUCUACACGUGGCCCUGCACGAAGACGCCUUCUUUUGGACCCUCUGGCUCUUCUGUUACGGCUCCUCGCGGCCAUUCUCCGCAGCCGAUCUACAUAGUCCUGGUGUCAACCCAUUCCGCCGUAUCCGGGACCCUUCAACCCAUCUAGCUUGCUGUAACCAGCAGCUUCUUUUUAAGCUCUCACAGCUUAUAUAUUCUCCCUGAUCCAGCCCCCGACGUCCCGGGCGCCACCUAAUCUCAGUUCCGGUUUGAUUUAUCGCACCUCAUAACAACUUCUUGGCGAUCGCUGGCGGCUUGGCAAUCCUUUUCUCCUCCCUUCUAUCUUCUAUUCUCCCAGAGGCACAGCACGAUGGCUAUAUAAUCCAUCGGCCCCUUUUCCAUAACAUCUCCUUCUUAUCAGAUUGCAUAGAGAGACCCCAGUACAGAAUCUCUGUUCCCGGCACAUUAUAGCCACCCCAUCAACACCCUCUCACAACGCCAAAAAUGCCUUCCACAUCGACAAAGGUCGGCCACGCCUUGGCAAAGGUCCUUGGUAUCCAGCUUCAACAAAAUUCCCGACAAUAUGAAGACCCUGUUACCAGAGGCGAGUCCAUAAUGUCCAUGCAGACCGCUGAAAGCUUCGUUGAAGGACCCCCAACCACCGCCGAGUGGUUGAGGGAGCAAAUCCCCUCCCAGGAGGAACUCGCUCAUUAUACCAAAUCUCUGUUUCCUUUCAUGUCCUGGAUCCCUCACUACAAUGCCCCUUGGCUCGCUGGAGAUCUCGUCGCUGGUAUCACCAUCGGCGCAGUCCUCGUCCCCCAAGGCAUGGCUUACGCCAUCUUGGCCAACCUUCCCCCGCAGUUUGGACUCUACUCCUCUUUCAUGGGCGCCAUGAUUUACUGGAUCUUCGGAACUUCAAAGGAUAUCUCCAUCGGCCCUGUUGCCGUUCUUUCCACUGUAGUCGGUACUGUUGUGGAGGAUCUCAAGACUUCCGGUGUCGAGUAUCCGGCUCACGUCAUCGCUUCAGCCCUCGCUAUUAUUUCUGGCCUAAUCGUCUUAGGUCUUGGCCUCCUUCGCCUAGGAUGGCUGGUUGACCUCAUCUCCAUCACAUCCCUGUCGGCAUUCAUGACCGGAUCUGCGAUUACCAUCGGUGCUAGUCAGUUGCCUGCACUCUUCGGACUGACUGGUUUCUCUAACAGAGACGCGCCAUACCUCGUCAUCAUCAACACUCUCAAGAACCUUCCGCAUACAAAGCUCGAUGCUGCGCUGGGACUGACCGCGUUGUUCAUGCUUUAUCUCAUUCGCUUCACACUCACCAAGGCAGCCGAGCGAUAUCCUUCUCACAAGAGAAUCAUCUUCUUUGCCAAUACCAUGCGAACCGUCUUCGUCAUCUUGCUGUACACCAUGAUCAGCUGGUUGGUCAACAGAGACCGCAGAGAGCACCCAGCUUUCAAACUGCUAGGUGUUAUCCCCAAGGGGUUUCGGGACGCUUCUGUUCCAAAUCUCGACACAAGCAUGCUUUCGAAAUUCGCUGGCCAUUUGCCUGCCACCGUCAUCGUCAUGUUGGUUGAGCACAUCGCCAUUUCCAAGGCGUUCGGACGAGUUAACAACUACACCAUCGAUCCAUCUCAGGAGAUGGUCGCCAUUGGUAUGACCAACAUUCUUGGCCCCUUCGUUGGUGCCUAUCCCUCUACCGGCUCCUUCAGCCGAACGGCUAUCCAGUCCAAGGCUGGCGUCCGAACACCAGCUGCCGGUCUCAUUACUGGUAUUGUCGUUCUUCUCGCCACCUAUCUUCUGAUCAGCGUCUUCUUCUACAUUCCCAACGCUGCCUUGGCCGCUGUCAUCAUGCACGCUGUCGGUGACUUGAUCACUCCUCCCAACAACGUUUACCAGUUUUGGCGAGUCUCCCCUCUUGAGGUUCUCGUUUUCUUUGUUGGUGUGUUCGUCAGUGUUUUCGUCCAUAUUGAAGAGGGCCUUUAUGCCACUGUUGGUCUCUCUGCAGCUAUCCUUCUCUACCGAAUCAUGAAGGCUCGUGGCCGCUUCCUUGGUAAGGUCCGCGUGCACUCGGUUCUUGGUGACCAUGUUAUUGGCCAGGAUCCCAAGCAACUUGUUGGCGAGUAUGGUACUUUUGAAGAGGCCGAGGGAACACCAGCUCGAAACAUUUUCUUGCCUCUCGAUCAUGGCGACGGAUCCAACCCUGAGAUUGAGCUCGAGAGUCCCUAUCCUGGUAUCUUCAUUUAUCGAUUCUCUGAGGGCUUCAAUUACCCGAAUGCAAGCCAUUCGUUGGAGUACCUAACGGACUUUAUCAAAGCCCGCACUACCCGAAGCAGCCCUGAGUCCUUCGAGAGAAAGGGUGAUCGACCUUGGAACAACCCUGGCCCACGCAAGUCUUCCAAGAGACGCCAGGAGUCCACUGAGAACCAGCUCCCGACUCUCAAAGCCAUUAUUCUUGACUUUAGCUCCGUGAACAACGUCGACGUUACAUCUAUCCAACGCUUAAUCGACGUUCGCAACCAGCUCGAUACCUAUGCCUCGCCCAGCGUUGUCGACUGGCAUAUCGCCUGCAUUAACAACAGAUGGACUAAGCGAGCUCUUGUUGCUGGUGGAUUCGGUGUUCCCACAAACCCUAGCGAUGGUCUUCAGCACCGCUGGAAGUCCAUUUUCAGCGUUGCAGAGAUUGGUGGCAAGGACUCUGCGGCUGCCAUGGCCGAAGCUCUUAACAACGAACUCCAAAUCUCCGAGACACUGGCCAAGGCUGCUCCUGCUGAUGAGGAAGCUGGCAUUGCCGGACCAGCGGAGUCUGUCGCUGGAGAGACUGAGAGCUCGGUCACCGCUCCAUCCUUUGAGAAGCUGACUGCCGCCGGUAUCUACAGACGCCGCAAAGGCGCCGUGGUAAACGGUCUGGACCGUCCUCUCUUCCACAUUGAUCUCACCAAUGCUGUACAAAGCGCUAUAAUCAACGCUGAGGCACGUGAGGCCAUGCGAGCUGCUUCUGGAACACAGGAAGCAUGAGCUCCUCUUUUAUGACUUUAUGAUUUUUCUGCAUUGCAUCGGCGUCGGGUUUCUUACUGCAUAUUAGCAUACUCAGUUUCAUAAAUAGCUGCAUAUAGAAAUACCAGUUCAAUAAUGGACUGAAAUGAAGUUCAUUUACAAAG